GCCCCCCUUCGACCCCAGCAUGCCCCCGAUGCCGCCGCCGGGGGGGAUCCCCCCGCCCAUGGGGCCUCCACACCUACAGAGACCACCAUUUAUGCCUCCUCCCAUGGGUAGCAUGCCACCACCUCCUGGUAUGAUGUUCCCUCCAGGAAUGCCGCCGGUGUCUGCGCCAGGAACGCCAGCAAUGCCCCCAGCUGAGGAGAUCUGGGUGGAGAACAAAACUCCGGAUGGGAAGGUUUAUUUCUACAACGCGCGGACACGCGAGUCGGCGUGGAGCAAGCCGGACGGGGUCAAGGUCAUCCAGCAGUCUGAGCUGACGCCCAUGCUGGCAGCCCAGGCCCAGGCCGUGGGGGCCUCCACCCCCACCACCAGCAGCCCUGCAGCUGCAGCAUCUCCAUCCACCUCCUCCAGCACGCAGUCCUCCACCACCUCCACCACCACCACGGCCACCUCCGUGUCCCAGACCAACUCCACACCUACCACACAAGACCAGACCCCGAGUUCGGGUGUUUCAGUUGCCACACCAUCAGUCAGUGUUUCAACCUCUGCUCCUUCUGCUACACCUGUGCAGACUGUACCCCAGCCAGUCCCACAGACAUUGCCUCCUGCAGUUCCUCAUGCAGUACCUCAACCAACUGCAGCAAUUCCUGCUUUUCCACCAGUAAUGGUACCUCCAUUUCGUGUCCCCCUUCCUGGCAUGCCUAUUCCACUUCCAGGUGUAGCAAUGAUGCAAAUAGUCAGCUGCCCGUAUGUAAAGACAGUCGCUACCACCAAGACCGGAGUGCUGCCGGGCAUGGCUCCCCCCAUCGUGCCCAUGAUCCACCCGCAGGUGGCCAUCGCCGCCUCGCCCGCCUCGCUGGCCGCCGCCGCCGUCUCCGAGUGGACAGAGUACAAAACUGCCGACGGCAAAACCUACUACUACAACAACAGGACUCUGGAGUCCACCUGGGAAAAGCCCCAAGAGCUGAAGGACAAAGAAAAAAUGGAAGAGAAGGUCAAAGAGCCAAUUAAAGAACCCUCAGAGGAGCCUUUACCAAUGGAGACAGAAGAAGAAGAGUCUAAAGAAGAACCCAUAAAAGAACUGAUAAAGGAGCCAAAAGAGGAAGAAAUGACAGAGGAAGAGAAGGCAGCUCAGAAGGCCAAGCCGGUGGCCACCACCCCGAUCCCAGGCACCCCCUGGUGUGUGGUGUGGACAGGGGACGAGCGGGUGUUCUUCUACAACCCCACCACACGGCUCUCCAUGUGGGACCGGCCCGACGACCUCAUCGGCAGAGCUGACGUGGACAAAAUCAUCCAGGAGCCUCCUCACAAAAAGGGACUGGAAGAAGGAAAAAAACUCAUUAGAGAAGAGCACGAAGCUGCAGAGGAAGCAAACGAAGAUGAGCCUAUUAAAAUCAAAAAGCGCAAGAAAGAUGAUAUCAAAGACAUUGAUUCUGAAAAGGAGGCUGCUAUGGAGGCUGAGAUUAAAGCUGCUCGAGAGAGAGCCAUUGUCCCACUGGAGGCUCGGAUGAAACAGUUCAAAGACAUGCUGCUGGAAAGAGGGGUCUCUGCCUUUUCGACAUGGGAGAAAGAGCUGCACAAGAUUGUGUUUGAUCCUCGUUACUUGCUGCUCAACCCCAAAGAGAGGAAACAGGUGUUUGAUCAGUAUGUGAAAACCCGAGCAGAGGAGGAGCGCAAGGAGAAGAAAAAUAAAAUAAUGCAGGCCAAGGAGGAUUUCAAGAAAAUGAUGGAAGAAGCAAAGAUUAAUCCAAGAACUACUUUUAGUGAAUUUGCAGCCAAGCAUGCUAAAGACUCGAGGUUCAAGGCAAUUGAAAAGAUGAAAGAUCGAGAGGCCUUGUUUAAUGAGUUUAUCUCAGCGGCAAGAAAGAAGGAGAAGGAAGACUCGAAGACCAGGGGAGAGAAGAUCAAAAUGGACUUCUUUGAGCUGCUGGCAAACCACCACCUGGAUAGUCAGUCUCGCUGGAGCAAAGUGAAGGACAAAGUGGAGACUGACCCGCGGUACAAGGCGGUGGACAGCUCCUCACAGAGGGAGGAUCUGUUCAAGCAGUACAUCGAGAAAAUAGCCAAGAACCUGGACUCGGAGAAGGAGAAGGAGCUGGAGCGGCAGGGGCGCAUCGAGGCCAGCCUGCGGGAGCGCGAGCGCGAGGUGCAGAAGGCGCGCUCCGAGCAGACCAAGGAGAUCGACCGCGAGCGCGAGCAGCACAAGCGCGAGGAGGCCAUCCAGAACUUCAAAGCGCUGCUCUCGGACAUGGUUCGCUCCUCGGACGUGUCCUGGUCCGACACGCGGCGCACGCUGCGCAAGGAUCACCGCUGGGAGUCGGGCUCCCUGCUCGAGAGGGAGGAGAAGGAGAAGCUCUUCAACGAGCACAUCGAGGCACUCACCAAAAAGAAGAGAGAACAUUUCAGGCAACUUCUGGAUGAAACUUCAGCGAUAACUUUAACAUCAACAUGGAAGGAAGUGAAAAAAAUAAUUAAAGAAGAUCCAAGGUGCAUUAAAUUCUCUUCGAGUGACAGGAAAAAGCAGAGGGAGUUUGAGGAAUACAUCCGAGACAAAUACAUCACUGCCAAAGCCGACUUCAGGACGCUGCUCAAGGAGACCAAAUUCAUCACCUACAGAUCCAAAAAGCUGAUCCAGGAGUCGGACCAGCACCUGAAAGACGUGGAGAAGAUCCUGCAGAAUGACAAGCGCUACCUGGUGCUGGACUGCGUGCCCGAGGAGCGGCGCAAGCUGAUCGUGUCCUACGUGGACGACCUGGACCGGCGCGGGCCCCCCCCGCCCCCCACGGCCUCCGAGCCCACCCGCAGAACCACCAAAUAACCAGCCCAGGCUGCCUGAGCCAGGCUGCCCUGAGCCAGGCUGCCCUGAGCCAGGCUGCCUGGCACCCAGCGCUUGCAUGAGCCAUCAGGUCACACAUCCAUCGCCGUCAGUAUACUCAAACAUCCCAGCAGCAGAGGCAGGAGCAGCAGUAGUGAACGUUAAAUGGUCUCUGGGGGGAAACCAACAGCACAAACCCGCAUUAAAGAUAUUUAUGAGUUAAUUGGAGCGUGGCUGGCAAACGCCAGGGUGUGGGGUGGCUGUGGGUCUCAGGGCGGUGUGUCAGGUGUGGGUGGCUGCUGCCUGGGGCUUUCCUCUCAGCAGUGUCCUGCCUGUGAGUCCGCAGGGUGCUCCUGGUGUGCUCUGAGCGUGUCCUACGUGUGUGUCACCAGCUGCCUCCUGCUGCCUGCAGUCCCUGCAGGAGGGGGUGACACGCUCUGGUAGCUGAGAUUACUGAUCACUGGCAGCCCCUCUG